AUGAUUACGACAAACAGAGUCACUCGGGGCGUCCGCAGCGGGUUCCUCAGAUACUGGGUGUCAAGGUCUCUCACUUCAGCGGCGACGAGGACGACGACACGAGCUACACUGGGCUACGGCAGAGAGCUGGGCAAAUUCUCCAUGUCAUCUCACACCACUCGUUCACCCUUUUCACAAUCUCUGCUCGAUCAAGCUCAAGCCGCAGGACUCUCCACGAAAGCACCGAAAAGCAGGAUGAGCCGGCGUACGCCCAUAGCACCCCAGCGUGUCGAUGCGCCACUGACCCAGUCGGCAACCUUCCUCGUCCUCACGGUAACGGACAAGCCCGAUGCCGUCAAGAGGGUGCGUUCGACGCUCGCCAGUGUAGACGACCUCUCCAAGAACGUCGCCAUCCGUGAUCUGGACGCGGCCUUCGCGUGCACGGUCGGCAUUGGCAGUAAUAUCUGGGGCAGUCUCCUCCCGGGGGUUCCCAGACCGGCUGAGUUGCACCCCUUCCCGACAAUAUCCGGUAAAGUCCACACGGCCGUGUCGACGCCGGGGGAUCUGUUGUUCCACAUCCGGGCCCAGCGGCGCGAUCUGUGCUUCGAGUUCGAGCGCCAGCUGAUGGAUCGACUGGGCGACAGCGUCAAGGUCGAGGACGACACCGUGGGAUUCCGGUACUUUGACGUGCGCGAUCUCCUGGGCUUCGUGGACGGCACGGCCAACCCCGUGGGCGCGGCGGUCGACGAGUCCGUCCUGGUGACGGAGGUGGACGACGCGGGCUCGGCCGGAGGCAGCUACGUGGUCGUGCAGAAAUACGUGCACGACUUGACGCGGUGGCGUGGGCUGUCGACGGAGCAGCAGGAGGCGAUCAUCGGACGCACGAAACUCGACAACAUCGAGCUGGACGACGCGGACGAGGAAAAGCAGAAAGCGCACAAGCAGCUCGCCAACAUCACGGGCGACGACGGGUCGGAGAUGUCGAUCCUGCGAGACAACAUGCCCUUUGGCAACCCCGGCAAGGGCGAAUUCGGCACGUAUUUCAUCGGGUAUUCGAGGAAGCUGUGGGUGAUCGAGCAGAUGCUGGACCGGAUGUUUGUGGGUUCGCCGCCCGGGCUGCAUGAUCGUAUCCUGGACUACUCGACGCCGUUGACGGGGACGACCUUUUUCGUGCCCAGUGCGACCCUAUUGGCGAGUCUUGGUGACGACUAG